ACAGUUUUAUUUCCUGUUAUUUCAGGCUAAAGUUUUGGCCCUUGUAGUAGUUGCUGAACAUUCAGGAGAAUUUGAAAAAAUUAUGCAGCUUUCAGAAAGGUUUCCAGGGUUUGUUUUCCCAUGUCUAGGAGUUCAUCCAGUUCAAGGCAUUCUUAGCAGGGAGCAGCCGGAAGACCAUUGCAGUGUUACUUUAAAGGACCUUGAUGCUGCAUUGCCACUUAUAGAACACUAUAAAGAUAGCUUGUUGGCAAUUGGAGAGGUUGGACUAGAUUUCACUCCUAGAUUUGCCAGCACCGACGAACAGAAGGAGGAACAAAGACAAGUCUUGAUCAAGCAGAUUCAAUUAGCGAAAAGACUGGAUUUGCCUUUAAAUGUCCAUUCACGGUCAGCUGGAAGACCAACUAUUAACCUUUUAAAAGAACAAGGUGCUGAAAAGGUGUUGCUCCAUGCAUUUGAUGGAAGGCCAUCUGUGGCGAUGGAAGGAGUGAAGGCUGGAUAUUUCUUUUCCAUUCCUCCUUGCAUUAUAAGGAGUGAACAGAAGCAAAACCUUGUGAAACAGUUGCCUUUAGAAAAUAUGUGCUUAGAAACCGACUCUCCUGCUCUAGGCCCUGAAAAACAGGCUGGAGUUCAAGCCUUUGUUUCCAUGACAGAGCAGAGACAUAAAGAAGGCUACUUGGUAUCCAAAAUCUCCCAAAUACACAAUUAGUCCAAUAAAAGAUAUCACCCAUAAAAAUCUUUGCGUCUUGCAUUGUUCCUGGACCAACCUUCUACCUUUGCUACUGUUGGAAGUCCAUUCUGUGCUUGACCACUAGAGGGCACCAUGUGAUUAAGAGGCUCAUGAUUUCCCCUUAGACACCACAAGGACACCUUUCAUUUUAGAGCAGCUUUUGCAUUUCACGAAUACAACUUUGAUUAGUCUCAGCAGGCAUGUGGGUGCAGAUUGCAGCAGAGAGGAGGACACAUUGGGCUGUUUGUCCUCAGAGGAGGGUAAAUAACAUUCCCAGUGUGGUCCUGGCUGGUGCAGUCCUGCCACUACUAAAGGCAGCCUUAAUCUUUAAUGCAGGAUUCCUUUGGAGCCUUGCUGGUAGAUGCUGACAUGAGGAGGUGCUGAAUCAGCAUACCCUCUUGAUAUCAUGACCAAGUCUCCUCCCUUAGACUGCUCUUUGCAACAGCUGGACCAUGUGGCUGACUCUGACCACCAGCAGAAUGGAAAUGAAAGCGUACAGUGACACUAUGCAAGAGGUUAGGACAGGAGGUGCUGAAAAAAAAGAUUCAUCCAUUGGAAAUUGUAGUGACAGCUUGUAAAAAAAAUUGCCCUCUGCUCUUUAAUGGUUUGAAGUGAUCUCCAGCUAAGUUAUAGGUUUCCUUUGAAAGAUGGCCCCUCAAGCACCACAGUGGUUCUGGAAGAGCCUGUAACUCUCGUUUACUUCUCUGAAAGAUACAAAUGCUUAGCUCUUCUUAGGGUUAGGCUUUCUGUUUCAGUUUGCAAGACUGGCAAAAAUUGCACCCAAUUCAUGGCAGCAGUCCUGACAAGCUUGCUCUUGGGCAGGCUCUUGUAGUGGCUCAGGACUCGCUGUCCCUUAGCAAUUACUGAGUGCCUGAAAGAGCAAAUCUCUUUCUUUUCCUUCUUAAUAAGCCCUGGUAAAAAA